AUGAAGGAUAUUCGCAAACCAACCAUGUUCGGCCGAUGGGGGCCAAAGCGCAGCCCAAUUUCGCUUUCUCGAAGGCAACCACGAAAGGGAGAAGAGUCGAUCGUCUUAACAAGCAACCCUGUGAAACGCCACGUAAUCCUGCAGCCAUACGAGCGUUGUGAGCGUUGCGCGCUGCAUCCUUUGGUGCGGCCUUCCGGAAUCCCGACCGAGCGGGAUUCGCGCAACGCCGUCUCCGGUCGUGGGCGUCUGACUCGUCUUUUAACUCUCCUUGCCCCUACUCCGAACCCCGUGUGUAUGCAUCAAGCGUGUCUGAACUCCGACAUGCAGAACAACACCAGUAUCGCCCAGUAUGGCCAGGCAUGCCUGAAUUGCGCCCGUGCCAAGUGUAAGUGUGUUAUGAGUGGGAUCGGGAGUCGGGGGUGCGAUAGAUGUCGCCGCCUGCAGAAAGCCUGCAGCCCAGCGCCCAGAUUGCGCAAGCGGAAGGCGCCGUCGAAGACGGAGCUUCUGGAGCAGAAAGUGGAUGAUCUGAUGGCAUUGUUGAGACCGUCCGAACCCUUGCCACAAUUACCGCCACAAGCAUCUGAUAGCCUCCCGGCAUAUCCAUCGCCUUCUUCUUUUAGCAGAACAAAUGAAGAGGAUUUGUCCAAUACCAGUAGCAGCGUGCCAGAGUCGCCGUCGAGCUCGGUUGUUCCUGACUUGACCUCGGACGAGGAAGAAGAGGUCCUCAGGGUUUUCCGGACCGAGAAGCUCCCAUGGAUGCCAAUCAUGCACAUCUCGGAAGAUACGCGGCCCAUAGACCUGAAGACCGAGUCUCCCUUUGUAUGGUUAUGCAUCACGGCCUUUCAGAAUAGGUGCACGUCCCAUACCCGGAUUUUGUGCGAUCGGGUCCGCUCAGAGGCCGGCAGGAGAAUGAUGCUCGAGUGCGAGAAAUCUCUUGAUCUAUUGCAGGGCGCUUUAAUCUAUCUGGCCUGGGUCACCUUUUCUUGCCCUUCGGACAAAACCUCGCUUUGCACCUAUACACAGAUGGCGCAAGCCAUGCUUUUCAACCUCCGUCUUCAGAAGCCUCCGCCUCUAGAUGCAAACCAUGCUCUUCCCACCUGCAACAUCGCUGGCCAUUUCACUCACCGUAUUAUGCAGGUGUCGCUAGUUCGCACCAUGAACGAGCGAAGGGCCCUGCUUGGGUGUUAUCUCAUCAGCUCAGCUGUCUCCCAGUUCGUAGGCCUCAUCGAACCAAUGGCGUGGACCCCACAUAUGACGGAGUGUCUGGAUGUACUCUGCGCGAGUAUGGAGACCCCUAACGACGUAGUUUUGGUGCAGCUGGUGUCGACACGGCGCAUUAAGGACACCAUCCCGAUGGGGACUUGGAACUCCAACGAUCCCAAUCCGACCAUGCGCGCUCCUUAUGCUUGGCAUGUCAAGGCUCUUGAAUCGCAGCUGACCGACCUAACAAGUCGUAUGCCCCUUCAUCUUCACCAUAACAAAAUUGUGAUGCUUUUCCUUCAACAUCUCAAGGUGGCUUUAUACGAGACCGCACUCUUGAGCGCCCCAACAGAGCCAUGCAACGACAUCGAUAUCAAUCGGCUCGAUCAUCUGUACACUUGCUUGAACGCUAUCAAAGAGUUCUCAGAUAUCAUCCUGAGUUUCUCGCCCACCAUGUACCCCAACCUCUCCAUGCCCAUCUACAUCCUCAUGUCGCACUGUUUCAUCACCCUAUUCCGUCUCUCGAUGUUCGACUACCCAGGAUGGGACAAGGAGGCCGUCCGUCGCGAUGUCGACCUGCUAGCCAUUACCGAGCAGUUGGCAGAGCGGAUGCUUCAAGUACCGGCGUUAAUCGGCAUCAACAAUGACGGGACGUACCUGGAUACGUGUACAAGAUUUGCCGACAAGAUCCUAAAGCUUCGGGUGGGGUGGGAGUCACGCAUGGCAGGUGUGCCCGAGGAAAGUGAGCCCGGAACGCUGGACCCCAUGGUAGCGAUUGAUUCGAAGUUUGAUCCCUGGGCUGAUACCUCGUGGUUGUCGGGGGCUUUAAUGUCGGGGGCGUUUUUUUGA